AUGUCGAUUACUUCAUUUUCACGAUCUCGGUCAACAUCAGCUGCUCGGCGUUCGUAUUUCCAAUUUCGUCCGAUGGUCUACCGCUAAUCGUUAUCCAUAUUUUAUCAUUAAUUAUCCGAUUUAACUUUAAUGUCGUUAUAAUAUUAUUAUUUUAUUCCGCAAAUACUCACGAUCGAGUGUACGACCGUUACGUCAUCCGGUCGUCGCCAUAGGUCAGUACUCCACAGUUCACAGUGCCCAAUGCCGGCCGCUGUAGUCGACGAAAAUACUGUUCCAUAGAAAAAGUAAAUCAAACAACUGGAAAUAUUUUUAUUGCGUCAAAACUUAAAACUAUGUAUAUAUUUUGCCUUUUCGUUUAUAUCGCCGGCACUACUGACUUGGAGUCGAUCAAAACAUAUUGCGAAAAAUAAAAUGACAAAUUAUAGAAGAAGAAAUUGUGGACAUGUCGUAAAUGAUACGAUUAAUCGAUGGCCCCAAGACGAAAUCGGCAUAUUGGAUGGAAAUUGUUCUUUUAACGUUGGCUACUUAGGAUGCGUUGAAGUAUCGGAACCCACAAAUUCAAAAAUAUGUCGAGAAUCAUUUGCUAAAUUAUAUCAGGAAUAUAAAACAGGAAUUUCUCAUCCGAAUUCUGCUAUUUUGUGGAUAACAGGUUACGAAUUAAGAAUUGUUGAAAAAAAAUCAAAGAAUUUAAUUCUGGCUCAAACUAUUGAAAAUGUAAUAUUUUGUGCAUCGACUGCAGACAACACAGAUCAAUUAUUCUAUACCAGCAGAGACUCUCGCAAUAACCGAUGGCUGUGUUAUUUGAUUAUUGUUACAGAUUUUUCGAGCGAUCGACUAUGUAGGGCCGUGGGAUUUGCGUUUAAAGUAUGUCUGAGACGAAAAACUAUACGGGAAGGAUCUGCAACAAAUACAACAACAAGUACCAGAUCUAUAGGUUAAAUAUAACUUAAGUGUACACAACAUCUAAAUCUGUUGUAAAAAGUAUACAUAUUAUAUUAUAUGCAUUGUUGGAAAUGUAUUAUUAAGACUGCAGUGUUGUCAUAAUGUUUUAAUCAUUUAACAAUUUUUAUAACAAUAAAAUUAUUAAAAUUACAAACGAUUUAAUAUUUUA